ACAAACUUUGCCGUGUUCAUUGAUCUGAGCCGGAUUUCGGGGCGUCUCAUUAAGAAUUUCUAUAUGCCUCAAUCUCCUAUUGAAGGCCCUUCCACGCCAUGAGGUCAACUCUUGAUAAUUGGAUUUAUUCAUUGUUCAACGAGAAGCCAAAGGAAGAUGACGAUGGUGCCGAUACGGAUGAAAUGCUGUCCGACAGUUUAGCAAUGACUCAGCAGCGAUUUGACACGCAAAAGCAGAUGUGGCUUCACGGAUUGCUCAUUCUCCUUCAUUCGCCCUUUAUGAAUCAUGAACUGGCGCAGAAAUCCGUCUCCUCUUCCACUAGUCUCGAAAUAUGCUAUUACUCGGCUACGAUCAUUACAGAUAUAGCUGAACGUCUGAUCCGUGAUGAUGUGUUCUUUUUUUCGCGAUCGUGCAUCAACAUAUACGCGACCAUCAAGGCGCUACAGAUCCAUUCGAUGGGUGCUGGUCAUCUGAAGGAUCAAAAAUUCACGGUAUUCAGCCAACUCAAUUUUGAAAAGACCAUCGCCAUGUUACGCAAGCUCCCUCAGCAUUGUCAUGGAACCAUGUUGACCGAUGUUGUGGAAGCCAGCGAAAAGAAAUUUUACGAACAACGACAAAAUCCCACCUCGUGCGUAUCAAACCUCGGCAAUGCGGGCGAGUUUCGCAAACCAAGCUCGGAUACCAUGGACGAUUCGCCCAAUAAUCACUGCAAUUCACGUUCAAUAUCGAUCCAAGAUCCUAAUCGUCAUCACGGCAAACGUUCCCAUCCUAUUUCAAAACCAUCCAGCAAACCGCCCUUCAAAAUCAUUUGUUUCGAUCCAUCUUCACGUAUCAUCACCCGAGACAAACCACACAUGAAGGUGGAAGUCUCACGACAGCUCGAUAAUAACAACCCGGAACCUCUUGAAUAUGCGCAUCCGCCCCAUCCGCCAACGCCAUUAUCAGCAUCGGCACAACUAGCAUAUCAGCCAGUAUCACCGGCGCAACCACCCUUAAUGCCCUAUAUGGAUCAGCACUCCUGUUCUACUAUUUCUACUGAAAAUACACCAUUGAUACUGUAUCACGAUCCCUUUUUCUCUGCUGCUUCUGCCAAUCCUUUAUUUUCAGGGCAUGCGGAAGAAGGUAGUGUCCCUCAUACCACCAUAUCAGCCAAUACUUUACCCAGUUGGAAUAAUGACACAUUUGUAUCCAAUUAUUCCUUAUUCCCCACUCAGUAGCUUCCUUGUACACCAAAGUCCCAUCACUUUUUUUUUUCGGUUAGCGUCAUCUUCACCACCAACAUUAUGCAUCUUUCUGUCAUAAUCCAAGAUAAAAAGUUUCCUUUUUUCCUAUAUUGAAUGUUGCUGUACUAUUGCACAGUUCAGU